AUGAAAACAAUUAUAAUAGGAGAUAAUGGUGUUGGUAAAUCUAGUAUAUUAAAACAACUGAUAAAACAAGAGUUUUAUUAAGAAUGUCAUUCUACAAUAGGAAUAGAAUUUUAAACAAAAAAUAUAUUUCUAGAGGACUAUAAUUAAGAAAUAUAAUUAUAAUUAUGGGAUACUGUAAUUAGAAAUAAAAUAUUUAAUAAAAAGAUAAAAAAUAGGCAGGAUAAGAAUCAUUUAAAUCAAUAAUAAGAUCUUAUUAUAGAAAUGCAUAAAUUAUAUGUCUAACAUAUGAUGUUUGCAAGUAAUAUAUAUAUAUAUAUAUAUAUAUAUAUAUAUAUAUAUAUAUAUAUCUUUUUUUUUUUCUUUAACCUAAUAUUAAAAUAUUAAUUAAAAAUUUAGUAUAAAUUCAUUCGAAAGUCUUAAUAAUUGGUAUAAUGA